AAUAUUAUCUUCAGUUCCAGUAUUAAUAUGAUAUAUUUCAAUAAAUUACAGUUUUCAUAAAUUUUUUAAUAAAAUCAUCCCAUUUUGAUGUUAUAGUAUAGCAGUAUUCAGGGGAGAUCCAGGGUUCAAAUUUUUUGCAUAAUUUUAGAUUUAAUUCGAAGCUGAGAAGUUAUAUUUAGUUGAAGUAGUAAGUCAUAUUAUAUAUCAUCACCAACUUCAAGAGAAAUUAAAUUUAUGGCAUAAUAAAAAUAUGACACACGACUCUAUAAAAUUACUAAACAUAUCAUUAGAUAAAAAUAAUAUAGACUUAAUUGCUACAGCUCCAAUAUUCAACUCCAUAGUUGUUUCAAUUAACUGUAGAUAUGCCAAAUUAUUGCAAAUAUAUGACAGUUAUAUAAAGGCAAUGAUAGGCGAAUGUGAAAAUUAUUACAAUAAAAAAUUAUUUGAAAAAUUUAUUGAAUGCACAAAAUUAAUUCAAGAUGUUGUUUGUAAUUCAAGUGGUAUGUUUAAAAAUGUUUAUGAUAUUUUGACAUUUAUCAUAAACUUGGAUGUAAAAUUUAUAUUUCAUGAAUAUGUAACCCCAAUUACUAUUAUUAAUGAGAUACUAACUAUUUAUACAUACAAUUCAUCAAAGAAAAAAACAUGUAUGUUUACUUACAUUAAAUCAAAUGGACAUUUUGACACAGAUGAAGCCUGCAAGGAUCUUUUAAAUAUCAAACAUUUCCAUGCUACAGUAACUGAUAUGCUUCAUAAUCUUCAAUUUUUAGAUACAGCCAGCAAUCUGACUAGUAAUUCUAUUCAUAAAUAUUUACUAGAAAAGUAUAACGAUAAAUACGCAUUACAGAAAGAAAAGGACAAAAGUUAUGUUCAAUUUAUUUAUGACGAUCUCAUAAUGUGUUAUAAUGAAGCUAUCAAAUAUGAUAAUGAUAAUCUUGGAUUUCAAGAAUUAUUACAUCCAACUGUACCUGGACUUGUACUGCCAUUGCAAGUUGAUGUUACCGAACAUAGGAUUGCUGCGCUAAACAAAUUAUUUUCAAAAUGUCAUUUUAAGGAACCUUUUAAAAAUAUUAAUAUUGUCAUUGAAAAUGGUGAAAAAUUAAACGCGAAUACUUUAUCACAAACUAAAGUGAAUUUAAUAAACUUAAAGCAAAAUGAAAAAUAUUUUGAACAAUUAUUGAGGUGUAGGUAUGCCGAAAUACUUAAAUACUAUGAGCGUUUAUUGCAUAACACAAUCAACUUAUGUAGAAAUGAAGAAAUAAAAGGUAAUAUUAACAUAUAUAGGGAAAGGUUUGUAGAAUGCAUAAACCAACUGCGCAAUUCAAUAUCGUUGUCUGUUAAUAUGCUUAAAACCUUAUUAUCUGCUAUGGCAAUACUAAAAAAAUUAUAUAUUUGGGAGUAUGUCAAAAAUGUUCAUAAUUGCUUACAUAAACCAGCAACUAUUAUAACAGAAUUAUUUUAUGAUUUGAAAGCUCUAAAUAUUGGUCCAUAUGAAUAUAACAAAACGAUUAAUGAAAUACAAGCAAAGGAAUAUCUUGACCAAUUAUCUAAGUCCCACGAGAAAUUAAAAAAAGGUUUGCGUAGUGAAUUGGGUAGUCACAUGAGAUUUCGUUGUGAAUUUUUAGACAAAUAUACAGAUACUCUAAAAUUAAAAAAACUGUGUGAUAUAAAUUUUCCAUCCAAACAUGAUGGUCCAGUUUAUGAACUUAUUUAUUUACAUACAAAUAGAUUUUGUAAUGUAAUUAUUGAAAAUGAUUAUGAAAAUCUAAGCUUUAAUCAUUUAAUAUAAAUAUUAUUCAUAUACUUUUUUUAAAAAUGUAUUUCUUGUAAUUUAUUUUUAAACUUAUAUAACGAAUAUUAUCAUGAUAUGAUACUUCAAUGAGACCCGAGCCCUUUUCAAUUAUAUUACUAUUACUCGACUUGAUUAAUUAUUUAUAAAUUACUGGAGUUAUAAAAUUCCUUUUAAAUGUUUGUUAACUCAUAACUUAUAGCUUUUUGUAAGUAAAGUAAUUUUGGGGAUUCCGGAGUAUAGUUUG